UUUCGCAUAACAAAAGAAAUAGAGAAUUAAGCACUGAAUAAUAUAUAUGUUCUAAGAGAUGGACUGGCCUAAGAAGAAGCCAUGGCUGGUAUUAGUGGUAACUACUAUAGUGUUGGUUGAAGUGUUUGGCAACGUUAAUGGCUGCUUUCCAGAAGAGAAGAAGUCGCUUCUUGAAUUCAAGGCUGCUUAUUGUAACGAAACUUUGCUGCCUUCUUGGGUGGAUCACCCAAACAGUGAUUGCUGUCACUGGGAGCGAGUUACAUGUGAUUCUUCCUCCGGCCGUGUCUUCAAUCUCUCUCUACAGAAUCUAGGAAAGCAUGAUAUAAAUGGAGAUUGUUUAUCUCCACACUUAAACUGGUCCUUGUUCCUGAGCUUUGAGGAACUCACUAGCCUCGAUUUGUCCCAUAAUUGCUUUCAAGACUUCGUUUUUUCUGAAGGUAUAAUAUGUCAAAUGAAGCAACUUGAAGAGCUACAUUUGAAUGGUAAUAACCUCCAAGGAACUUUGGGAACAUGUCUGGAAAAUAUGACAUCACUCCGAACUCUUGAUCUCUCACAUAACUCCUUAAGUGGUAACAUAUCCGAUUCAAUAACAAACAUGUCAAGCUUGAGAAUAUUAAAUUUGGGGUACAACAAUUUCUCUGGCAAGGUGCCGGACAUAUUUGAUGGACUUAACAUUAUAGACUUGUCUCAUAAUCAAUUUUGUGGCGAACUUGCCAAUAAUAAUUUAUGGAUACCUUCAUCUUUAGUUUUCUUGAGCCUGCAAGGAAAUCGUCUUACUGGGGUGAUAUCUAUUGAUGAUGAUUUCUAUAGCCCCAAUCUAGUGGUCCUUGAUUUGAGUGAUAAUGAUUUCACGGGAACUAUUCCGGGAAGCAUCUACGGCAUUGAGUCUUUGGUGUUUCUUUUAUUAGCAGGAAACCAAUUGCAAGACGAACUUUCCAGUCAGAUAUGUCAGUUAAAAAGCCUACAGAUUUUAGACCUUUCACGUAAUAACAUAACUGGAUCUAUACCUUCUUGUUUGAAUAACAUAGCAUUUCAGGACAUAAAUUUCAUCGUCUCGCAUGGAAUAGAAACUUCGGUAUCUUAUGGCCAAGCGAGAAGAUACAUUGCACCAAUGUUUCGUCUUAAGUUUAGGUUGGGAGAAGUGCAGUUCAUGACAAAAGGCUCAUUCUUUUCGUAUGAAGGUUCUUCACUUAAAACUAUGUCAGCAUUAGAUUUGUCCUCUAACCAAUUGACAGGAGAGAUUCCUCACGAGUUAGGAGAUCUCAGAAGCCUCCAAUCACUCAAUUUGUCGCACAACCGUCUCAAUGGAUCCAUUCCUGACAACUUUCACAAUCUACAAAACAUAGAAAGCUUGGAUCUUUCAAAUAACAGUUUGAGUGGACAAAUUCCUCUUGAUCUUCAAGACUUGUACUCUUUGGAGAUCUUCAAUGUGUCCUUUAAUAAUCUAUCUGGUAUAGCACCUGGAGGAAACCAAUUUGCCAACUUUGAUGAUAGCAACUAUGAAGGAAAUCCAUUUCUCCAUUGGACCAACAGCAACAAACGAGUUCCACCAUCUCCAAUCCCAUUGGACAAGGGAAAGAAGAGCGAUGAUUCUUUCUUUGAUUUAGCUUCCUUCUAUUGGACUUUCUCUGCAUCCUAUGUCACCAUGCUCUUAGUGUUGGUGACAAUUCUUUCGAUCAAUUCUUAUUGGAGAAGCCUAUGGUUUUAUUUUGUUGUAUGGUGCCUUCUUAAAUGUUUUGGUCAUUUUCUUGGAGAUGCUUUCUGCAAGAAAUUAAAAUCAUGAAAUAAAUUACUCAAGGAUGUUUGGUGUGUUUUCCUAUGUGCUUUGUAAAAAAGAAACAGAUUUUGUAUUACACUUUAAUUUAGUAACUAGUCGCUCUAGUUCUCAUAAAAAUAUUUAUUGAAUUCCGUUGUUCUUUGCACUUAGAUGUUGUAUUUGUAUGGUGAUAUAUCCCGCAUGACUUUGUUAAUAGGAAAAUAAAAUUAACAAGUUACACUAACUUAAAUAGUUUGCUGUGAGAAGUUGAUAAAUAGGGCUGUCAAAGGCAUGCACAGGUAAUCAGCUACAAGGCCAGAUUCCCAGUCAAAUAUGUCAAUUAAGAUAUUUGCAUAUCUUAGACCUUUCAAGAAAUAAUUUCACUGGCUCUGUACCUUCUUGAUUUAAU